AUGCACCUCCCGAGAUCGAGUGAUCAGAACGGAGGCAGCCCCGUCACGGAGGACGAGGAGUCCAUGUCUCCUUUUUCGUCGCCAUCCUCCAAUCGUCACAACUUCACACAGCUACUGCAGCGAGCAGCGCAGAUAGGAGAUGUCAAACAAAUUACCAAACUUGUGCAGACUGCACGUAUUAGCGCGUCAUCUCCGUCAUCAAGCGUCGAUAUCACAAAACGCUUGUCUUGCUCCUCUUCGCUAGAGGCUUGGCUUGAUAUUGCAGAUGAAGAUGGAUUUACAGCGUUGCACCUUGCAUGCGUUGGCGGCUACGAUGAUGCCGUGUGUGAGUUAUUGCGGGCUGGUGCCCACUUGGAAGUCGCAACACCCGAAGGCUUCACCGCGCUCAUGUUCGCUGCCUGGGCUGGAUCGUUAUCCCUCGUGCAGACACUAGUAUCACACGGAGCAAAUGUGUUGGCGCGUGACGUAGACGGGUAUGAUGCUGCCUUUAUCGCCAAGAUAAAUGAGCACUCGAUCGUAGGUGAGUUCCUCCAACAACAAGUUGAAAAGCCGGAAGAUUCGCCAAGUAAAUCUGACAGUUUGUCGUCAUCGAAAAAGAGCGGACAGGAGCGGGACGAUGAUUCCAAGUCUUUCGAGAGCUUUUCUGUCAAGUCCAUAAUGUCCGGAGGUUCUAGUGCUUCUACUGGUACUGAAGGCAGUGGAAUUGAUAGCAGCAGUUGUAGUUCUUCCUCGUGCUCGUCACCUGAGAAGCUUGAAGGGAAAACACUUCUUACAGACAAGACGAAACUAUCUGGCACUGAUGGUGCCACGCCCUUACACGUCGCAAUUAUGCACGGGCAGUUGGAGACGGUCAAGGUGCUCCUGGCUCGCGGUGCUAAUCUGUCAGCUGCGAUGCCGGGUGGUGUUACUGGAUUGCACUUGGCGUCGGCGUCAGGCUUUGAGGAUGUAGCCUCUUACCUGAUUGACCAGGGCUUGCCAGUCGACCAGCGUACAGUAGCUGGCACUACUCCGCUGCAUGAGGCGGCAUAUCAGGGACACUUACAUGUAGCUGCACUGCUUCUUGAACGUGGGGCCAAUGUGAAUGCCGCAACUGAGCACGGCACGACGCCACUGCAUCGCUCUGCUGAGAAUGGUCAUGUCCAAAUUGCAGAGCUACUGAUUGCGCACGGAGCACACAUUGAUGCUGUGACGACAGAUUACCUCGCUGCAGCUCAUGAGGCUGUAGGCGAAAACUCACGCCAGCGGCGACGUCGGAGACGCAAGAAACGGGUUGCAGUGGAUAUGGAAGACAAUGUGGUUUCGGGUGAAGAAGAGGGCAAAGCUGAGUCACGGACAACGGAUGAACUUAGAAAGGAAGCCUUGUCCUGCCAGUCAAAUCAAUCCGCUAUACACCCCAUUAUGUUGGCAGCCCGACGCGGACAUGUAGAAAUUGUGCGUUUCUUACUGACCAAUGACGAGUGCGCAUCUAGCUUGCCCGAUGCAGCGUCCCGUGUUCUGUGCUGCGCGGCGGAGCACGGCUAUCUGCAAAUGGUGGAGCACGCGCUAGCUCGUGGGGCAAAUAUUGAGGCAGUCAGUGGGAAGAAGCAAGCAACGUCGCUGAUACUAGCAGCUCGACAGGGUCACCUCGCAGUUGUGCUGCAUCUUUUGUGGGGUGAUGCGAAGCUCGAUGCUGUGACGACAACGGGCUAUAGUGCGCUGCAUUACGCAGCGAAGUAUGGGCACCUUACUGUAGUGAACAGCCUACUACUGAACGGUGCGGAUGUGGAUGCUGUCUGUACACACCGCCAUUCAUCACCACUCCAUUUAGCAGCUGAAUCAGGACAUGGAGAUGUGGUGCGUUGCUUGUUGUCUUUUGACGCAAAUGUUAAUGCUUCGGGCACUAUGACGGCACUGCAUAUCGCCGCCGAGCGCGGUCAUAACUGGAAGCGACAUCCGGCACCAAAAAAGAUGACGCCUCUGCGUGGGGCCGUAUCAAAAGGCCGACUCGACGUCGUUAAUCUGCUGCUCGCACGCGGUGCCGAUACCAACGCCACACAGACCACAGAUGGAACCACAGCCUUGCAUAGCGCGGCUGCCAACGAUUUUGGCGAUAUUUUGAAAGCGCUAGUGGCGGCGGGAGCCGACGCCGAUCAAGUGGAUCGCGAUGGACACACCCCGAUGGAUUAUUCUGCGUCGAACUCCAUUCGUCUUCAGUUACGCCUUGCACUGCUUAAAUCCCACUGGCAAAAGCAAGACAACCGUAUGUGA